AUGGGGCCGGGUGCAGCCGCGCUGCCCGAGGACAUCAUCUGUAAGGUGCACUUGAAGAGCUUCGUGGAGCAGCAGGGCUUGGUGGGCUACGACCCCAACCUGGACGUCCUGCUUGUGACGGAGGGGAAGCUGCGGUCCCUGGCUGAGCUGCAGCAAGCCGUUCUGCAGUGCAUGGCUGGAGGCCAGGGAAGCUGCUGCAGCAUCGUGCACGUGGUGAGCUGCGAGGAGGAAUUCCAGCAGCAGCAGCUGGAUCUGCUCUGGAGGAUUUUGGAUCCAGGAGCCCACACAGCUUCGCAGAAACACCUUGUCUGUGGGCCAGUGAAGGUGACAAACCCCUCGUCGCCCAUUGGGGCAGACCAGUACUUCCAGCUCCGAAAGCGCCAAAUGUACGAAGCCUCUGUGAUGAAGUACGGGGAGCUUGCGCAAGAUGAGGCCUGGACCGAAGUGAUCGAUACCCUCACCGUGGCAGCCAUCAGGUUUGAGAUGCUGACCACUGCCCACCGGAGCCAGCUCACCCUGGACCUGGAGGACAGCAGCAUCUCCACGAAGGGAACCAAGAGCGGUGCCUUUGUGAUGUACAACUGCGCCCGGCUGGCCACGCUCUUCGACACCUACCAGCGGGCUGUGGAGCGGGGCACGUACCCACCUCUGCCACCAGCGUCGGAACUGAACUUCUCCUGCCUGCGGGAGGAGGGCGAAUGGCUCCUGCUCUUCAACUAUCUCCUGCCCUUCCCUGAAGUCCUGCAGCAGGCAGCACAGCUGCCCGCACCCACCAAGGGGGUCCGGAUCACAGCCAACACGGAGAUGGUGUGCAAGUUCCUGAUCCACCUCAGCAUGGAUUUCAGCUCCUACUACAACCGCGUCCAUGUCCUGGGGCGGCACGAGGGAGGAGGCCUGCGGCACCCUGGGGAGUACCGGGGGAGGCAGCACUGGGGACCAGUCACAACACCAGACACCAACCUCGCUCGCCUCGAAGCCGUUUAUUGA